CGGGCGAGCGCGCCGGCCGCUCCGAAGAUUACCGCAUUAUUAUGGGACGCCCUGUAUAACAAACAAACGGAACUUUGUGGUUAUAAGUUUUCGAACGCGCUAUUUUUAUCCGGACCCCGUGCGCACUUCCAUCAUAAAUAAUCACGCAUUUUCUAUUACGUUAUUUUUUUUUUUUCAUUAGUCCGAGCGAAUCGGUUUCCGAAUCCAUAUACAACCGCGUAUUAGAAUAAAUAAGAUAACAGCAGAUAAAUAGAUUAAGUUUAGUUUGUUUUGCUAAUGAAUUAGUCUAUUAGACGGAACGGGUGGAUAUUUUAAUUAGAUUUUUAGUGCCGAUAUAUUCAGUUGGCGUUGAUCACACGAAAUGGCGUUGCGCCGUUUAUUCGGAUUCAACAACAUGACUAGAUACACGAACGCGGACUUCGCGGACGACGAGAGCGUCAACAGCGUACAAUUGAGCGAAGGUCUGAACCGGAGUACCACGCACAUACGGUACCACGCGGGCGGUACCACCGUCUGGCAGUUGCGGUCGCCGUUGGAAAAGGUCCUGCUCAUCCUGGUCGGCAUCCUGCUGUUCGUCGUAUUCAUCUUGGCCAUAAUCCUGCACGUCACCGAGCACAGGCUCGAAGAGAGCAGGAUGAUCAUCGUACCGGAAACGCCGGGCAAAUGCCUGAACAAGUCCUGCAUACAGAUAGCGAACAACAUCCUGCAGGCGUUGGACACCACGGUGGAUCCCUGCGACGAUUUCUACUCGUACUCCUGCAACGGUUGGGUCGACGCCAAUCCGAUGCCGGACGCCAAAAGCACCUGGGGCACAUUCAUGAAGCUCGAGCAGCAAAACCAGCUGGUGAUCAAGCGAGUGUUGGACCGACCGAUGGACACGUUGAAGUCCAAGGCGGAGCAGAAGGCCAAAAUGUACUACGAAUCCUGCUUGGACGUGAACGAUACGAUGGAAGCUCGAGGCGCCCAGCCCAUGCUGGACCUGCUGAGGAAGAUCGGAGGAUGGAACGUCACGGAGAGCGGCUUCGACGUGGACAAAUGGUCGUUGCAGAAUAUCACGCAGAUUGUCCAAAACCGAUACAACAUUGGAGGUCUAUUCUCCUACGCAGUCGGCGAAGACGACAAAAACUCCACCAGGCACAUACUGCAGAUCGACCAAAGCGGCCUCACCUUACCCACCAGGGACAACUACUUAAACAAAACCGAAGAGCACAAGAAGAUACUGGACGCCUAUUUGGACUAUAUGACCAAGGUGGGCGUGCUGCUGGGCGGCGAGUUGAACACCACCAAGCGCCAGAUGCGCGACGUCAUCGAGUUCGAGACCAAAUUGGCCAACAUCACGACGCCCAGCGACCUGCGCAGGGACGAGGAGAAGCUCUACCAUCUGAUGAAGCUCGGCGAGCUGCAAUUGAAAGCGCCAUUCAUAGAUUGGAGAAAGUUCUUCGAGGACGCCAUGCGAACGGUGAACAAGAAGAUCUCCAACAAGGAGGAGGUGGUGGUGUACGCGCCCGAGUACCUGGGCAACCUGACGGUACUGAUAAAGGAGUACAACAAGACCGUCGAAGGGAAAAUUGUAUUGAACAACUACAUGGUCUGGCAGACGGUUCGAGUGUUCACCGUGUGCCUGUCCAAGGCCUUCAGAGAUGCUUACAAAGGCUUGAGGACCGCCCUGAUGGGUUCCGGAGGCGGCGAGGAGCCCCAAUGGAGGUACUGCAUUCAAGACACCAAUUCCGUGUUAGGUUUCGCCAUCGGCGCCAUCUUCGUCAGGGAGGUGUUCGACCAGAACUCCAAGGCGCAGGCCGAGGAGAUCAUCAACAACGUUCGGAACGCGUUCAAGAACAACUUCGAGAACUUGAAGUGGAUGGACGAGGAAACGAGGAAAGUGGCCAUAGAUAAGGCCGAUUCCAUAUCGGAUAUGAUUGGUUACCCGGACUUCGUGAAGGACACCAACCAGCUGGACGAACGCUUCCAGAACCUCACCAUCAGGCGCGACCAGUACUUCGAGAACAACAUCCACAUCAGCUACUUCAACCUGAAGAAGAACCUCGAGAAGAUCAACGAGCCGGUCAACAAGACCACCUGGAGCAUGUCCCCGUCGACGGUCAACGCCUACUACACCCCCACCAAGAACCAAAUGGUCUUCCCGGCGGGCAUCCUGCAGCGGCCCUUCUACGACGCCGCCUACCCGCCCAGCUUGAACUACGGCGGCAUGGGCGUCGUCAUGGGACACGAACUGACCCACGGCUUCGACGACCAAGGGCGCCAGUUCGACAAGCACGGCAACCUGAAGCACUGGUGGAAGAACGACACCGUCGACCGGUUCAAGGAGCGCACCAAGUGCGUCGUCCGCCAGUACAACGGUUACAAGAUCAACGGGAAGAGCAUCGACGGUAACCAGACCUUGGGCGAGAACAUCGCGGAUAAUGGCGGUUUGAAGGCCGCCUAUCACGCCUACUUGGAUCUGAUGCAGGGCAAACCGGAGCCCGAGGGUCUGCCGGGCAUUCCGCUCAAUCACAGGCAGCUGUUCUUCGUGGCCUUCGCUCAGGUUUGGUGCGCAGCGGUGACGAAGGAAGCGACUGCCCUUCAGAUAGAAAAGGACUCCCAUUCGCCUUCGAAAUAUCGCGUGGUCGGAGCUUUGAGCAAUUUGAAGGAAUUCGCCGAGGAGUUUCGGUGCAAGCCGGGCUCCAAAAUGAAUCCGAUCAAAAAGUGCGAGGUGUGGUAGAGGAAGAGGCGAGAACGAGAGGGAAGAAGAAGAAAGGAAAAGAGAGAGAGAGAGAGAAAGAUAUAUAAAAAAAAAACGAGAAGGAGAAACGACGGAACAACCAGAUACAUACAUAUAUAAAUUAUUAUAAAUUUACAACAAUUCUAUUUUGUAUACCUGCGGCGCGAAUUUGUUGCCACAUCGAAUUACCCAGCUAAAUUUACGACAUAUCUGUCAGUUUGUGACACUUGUCACAUGUCAUAUAAAACGUUAAAUUUUCGAUGUUCGUUCGAUAUCAAUAACGCAUAUGUCAUUUGUCAUUUGACAAAAAAUUUAAAUGUUUCUUCGAUAUACAGAUUGCUCCAUUUUUCAUUGCAACAUAGAGGCUAUGGGUGCAACAAGGACAACUUCCAUUAGACACUUAUAAAGUAAAAAGAAAGAGUGACAUUAUGUCAUAUUGCAACUUUUCACUCUGACAACUGUCAUUUUAAUAAUCUUUCUUUGUUCCACUCAUAGAAACGGAGCAAGGUGUAUAAUUUGCGUGUCAUCUGUCAUUUGUCGACUGUCAAAUCAACUAAAACGUGCCAUAUGUAAUCCGGACGACCCGUUUUGUUUUAGAGAAAAAGUGCGUUCUAAGCAGUAUUAUUACAAGUAUUAAUAAAUAAAAAAAUGUUUACAAAAAUAUCGCGUUGGCGUCGCUUUCAAGAUUACUUCCUAGAGGGCGCCUCCCCCUGCCCCCCCCCCCAAAUGCCGCCCCUUUAUAGUCUUCUCGAAUGUAUUUAUCGAUUAAAUUAACUUCUAGUUAAUCCUUUUGUGUCCCCUGUUUAUUAAUCCUGAUGCGACUGAUCCUCCUCUCCGUUUGUUUGUAAUAAUUAUUUAUUUUUUUUUGAAUGAGGGCGAGCGAAGGAUUGUUUGAAUUGUUAAUUAUUGUACAUUUUUGCUUUUAUUUUAUGUUCUGUUCUCAUCAGAAAUGUUUACGUGUAAACUGUGUAUAUUUUUUACUGUGAUAUAAUUAUAUGUAAAUAUUUAGAUUAAUCGAAUGUGUUUUUUUUUGGAGAUUUUCCUCGUGGAAA